UAAGAGGAGAGUCUUCAGUCUAUAGCAGCAGAACUAGCAGCUGGUCCCAGGUCAGUCUGAAUCAGCCCUCAUUAUAAGAGGAGAGAUCAAACUUUAGUUUGAUCUUGAUUUGAUACGAUGGUAGAGGGGGCCUGGCCUGUUGGGCUCUGGUGUUCUGGAAGCUUUAAAGCAGCAGAAGUCUCUGCAGCUGACAGAAGGGACUGCAGCAGUCUGCAGCACAGCAGGUGAGACACACUGCACUGUGUGAUGUGCUCAUGUUGCAUUCAUUUACAGUUCCUAACACACUCUGGGGGGGAUGGUAAGUUAAGACUGUGAAGUUCAAAUGUGCUCAGAUAUAUCAACGUUUAACCUCUAAGAAUGAUGUCCAAUUCAACUUCAGAAACUGUAUCAUAUUUCAUUCUUGGAGCUUAUUUGAAUAUUGGAUAUUUGAGGUACUUGUGUUUCAUGAUAACUGCCAUGGUGUACAUUGUGAUUGUUGUUGCCAACACGUCUCUGAUUGUGGUUAUCUGUGUGAACAGGAGCUUACAUGAACCUAUGUACCUUUUUCUGUGCAGCCUGUUUGUAAAUGAACUGUAUGGUAGUACAGGGUUGUUUCCAUUCCUUCUGGUUCAGAUCCUCUCUGACAUUCACACUGUUUCUGCUCCGCUCUGCUUCCUGCAGAUUUUCUGCUUGUACACAUAUGGAGGUAUAGAGUUUUGUAAUUUAGCCGUCAUGUCUUAUGACAGAUAUCUUGCUAUCUGUUGUCCUCUGCAAUAUAACACACGUAUGACUUCUAACAAGGCGCUUAUCCUCAUUAUUCUGCUUUGGUUGUAUAGUUUUGUGAAAUCAUUGAUACCUUUAUCUUUGAACAUCCGUUUGACACUGUGUGGGAACAUCAUUAAUAGUUUGUAUUGUAAUAACUACCUUAUUGUAAAGUUGGCAUGUUCUGACACUCAGGUGAACAACAUUUAUGGAGUGUUUGCUAUUGCUCUCACCAUCUUAGUCCCUGUGCUUCCAAUCCUCUUCUCUUACAUGAGGAUCCUCAGAGUGUGUUUCUCUGGUUCCAAACAGACCAGACAGAAAGCUGUCAGUACCUGCACACCUCACCUUGUUUCCCUCCUCAACUUCUCUUUUGGCUGCGGCUUUGAAAUACUUCAGACUAGAUUUGAUAUGAGCGGUGUUCCCAGUGUGCUGCGUAUUAUUCUCUCACUGUAUUUUCUCAUCAUACAGCCACUAAUGAACCCCGUCAUGUACGGACUGCAAAUGUCCAAACUACGAAACAUAUGUCAACAUGUGCUCUGUUCUAAACUGUUGUCUGGUAGGCCUGAUAACUAAAGUG